AUGUCUAGCCAAUCAAACAUGUCUGACUCACAGGAUACUUCGAGUAGCGGGUCAGCUUUUAGGGGGGAUGAUAGGGAUGCUGAUGUAGUGGAUGAGAUGUAUGAGGUAGCCAAGCAGAUAGGCGAGGAUAUGCUCGUCGGUCUUGGAGGAAACUUCGAGUAUCACAGAGCUAGGGGAAGAGCGGAAAGUGAGGAAGUGGAGAGUGCCGAGCAAAGUGGUGAAAACAGCGAACAAUGA